GUUUCUGCACGUGGUCACUAAUAAAACUGAGUAGAGGUGUGGUCUAAGUGAUAAUUAAUUUGUUGGAAUGUUAGGCGUGGCUCGUUGUUUACUAAUGUUUAGAAGAGCUAGAGGAUGUCUGGAAAAAGUUUCAAAAUAAGAGCUAAGCACAAAGCUCCUGUAAUAGGGGAGUCCCUCUACCUGUGGGCUGGGAGCCAGGUUAACUUACCUGCAGUUCAUGAAUCACUUCAAAAGAAGGAUCUGACCUCAACAGUUGAUGUGUACCAGCUUUCUGCUGCUGACUGGUCCUCUCACCUAACAAGAGGUACUCCUCCAUUAGGAGUAAUUGGCUACUCCUGUACCACCUCUCAUUCUAAUAUUUACUAUUUCGGUGGAUAUUGUGGUCAUGAUGACUGUUACCACAAUACGUUGAAUGUACUGAAUACGAUAAAGAUGGAGUGGACUUUAUGCAGUAAUGCUGAACAGUCGUUGAUGAAGAAAGGCUAUGCUGGAAUGAUAUCACUGGAAUUUGAUGGAGCAGAAUACCUUGUCAUAAUAGGAGGGAGAGGUUCUACACCAACUGUUUACCAUCCUCAGUUUCAAUAUGAUCAACUUAAUGAUGGCGGCGUUCGUACUAAUGAACAGUUACUUUAUAAUGUGUCCACUGGACAAUUCACUGUUCCAUCUGUCAGUGGACAGUGUUGUCCACCAACUAGUAGUUUCAUAAUUGAGAAGAUUACUACUACUGGUAACAGAGGAGUAAUGUUUGGAGGACGAGUGACUGUUAAUGGUGAUCUGAAUACAGCUACUAACAGUGUUUACAUAUUCAGUGUGACACAUAGUAUCAUAAACUGGGAGAUACUGAAACCAGGAGCAAUACCUAAUGAGGGACUGUGGCCUAUGGAGAGAUAUUGUCAUGCUAGUGCUAUUAUCAAUGGUGACUCUACCUCACCUACACUAGUAGUGAUUGGUGGAAAGGAUAAGAAGAAUCAACUAGUUAAUGAAUGUUUGUUAUUUGAUAGUAUCACUACUGGUCAGUAUAGUUGUAGGAAGAUUCCUCUACCUGAAUCUGUUACUGGUAGAUACGCUCACUCACUCACAGCAGUCACAAUGUCACCACACUGUGUGUGGCUAGUAAUUGUUGGAGGAUGUAAAGAGUUUGAAUGGAAAGAUGUUGGAGGAGGAAAGGAGGAACCAUGGGUUACAUAUAUCAAUGAUACUAAUAGACUAACAAUGAUAAUUGGAUUAGUAUGUACAUUAUUUGUAAAUUUCAGUUCCUAA